AUGGCCAAGACGCCUAGUGACCACCUGCUGAACACCCUGGAGGAGCUAGUGCCCUAUGACUUUGAGAAGUUCAAGUUCAAGCUGCAAAACACUAGCCUGGAAAAAGAGCACUCUCGGAUUCCCCGGGGCCAGCUGCAGAUGGCCAGGCCAGUGAAGCUGGCCACCCUGCUGGUCACCCACUAUGGAGAGGAGUACGCCGUGCGGCUGACCCUGCAGGUCCUGCGGGCCAUCAACCAGCGCCUCCUGGCAGAGGAGCUCCACAGAGCGACAGACCAGGAGCAUCUGGCGGCCGCGAGGACGCCCGGGAGCCUGAAGGCAGCCGAGGGCCCCGAAGGCGAGGGGCAGCGGCAGAGCGGGGAUGGGGCGGCCAGCUCGCCGUCCAGCCAGCCUGAGGCUGGGAGGGGGCCCCAGAAGAAGCCUCAGGUCAAACGGAGGGAGCCGAAAUGCCUCGGCGUGGACGCCCAGGGCAGGCCGUGGGCCAGGAGAAGCCCCGUGCUGGGCCGGCCGCCCGGGGACAGGCCGGGCCCGACGAGUGCCCGGCUCCGCAGGAACGCCAGCUCGGCCGGGCGGCUCCAAGGCCAGUGCGGGGCCUACCCGGGAAAGACGGAGCAGAAGAAAUCGGAAGUGUAUUUACCUUCCGGAAAGAAGCGACCCAAAAGCCUCGAACUCAUUUCUUCGAGAGACCGAGAACCCCCGAAUCCAGGAACUCUCCUCCCUCAGUUGGAGACCGGGACCCGGAAGCCAGACUCAGCAGCCACUCCCCGGGGAGCGGCCACUCAAGAUGCAGAGGCUGCUCAGGCCCUAGAGAAGAGCUCCAGGAAUCCAGAACAUUCCACCCCAGGGAGGCCACAGGACAAGGCUGCGUGUCCCCUGUGCCACACCCAGGAAGGAGACCCCGUUGGGACUACCUGCAGGCAUGAUUCCUGCAGCUGCCCUGUGGCUCCUGCGCACUCCAGGGUCUCAGGUGGCCGCCUGCCCGGCUGCCCACAUGGCCAGGUCUCGCUGGCAUGGAAGAGCUCCCGAGGGCUGAGCCCCCAGCCCCUGCCGCACUGUCAGCGCCACAUGAAGCAGGUGCAGCUGCUCUUCUGCGAGGACCACGGCGAGCCCAUCUGCCUCAUCUGCAGCCUGAGUCGGGAGCACCGAGGCCACCGCGUGCGCCCCAUCGAAGAGGUCGCCCUGGAGUACCGGGAGCAAAUUCAGAAGCAGCUGGAACAUCUGAAGCAGCUACGAAGAUGUGGAGAGGAGCGGAGGUCCCAGGGCGAUGAGAAGAUGGAGAACUUUCUGAAACAAACUGAAACCCAGAGGCAGAGAGUCCGCUGCCGGCUGGAGAAGCUGUUCCAGUUUCUGGAGGAGCAAGAGCAGCUGUUUGUGGCCUGGCUGGAGGAGCUGGGCCAGACCAUCGGCCAGGUCAGGGAGAAAUACGGCACCCGAGUGUCCUGGAACAUUGCCCUUCUCGAUGAGCUGAUUGGGGAGCUGGAGGCCAAGCAGUGCAAAUCAGAAUGGGAGCUCAUGCAGGACGUCGGAGUCACCUUGCACAGGGCCAAGGCCGUGACUGUUCCUGAGCCGUGGGCCACUCCUCCCGAGGUAAAAGAAAAGAUCCACCUGCUCUACCAGAAAUCAGAGUUUAUAGAGAAGAGCAUGGAGUGCUUCUCAGAAACACUGCGUUCAGAAAUGGAAACAUUCAACGUUCCAGAACUGAUCGGUGCUCAGACACAUGCUGUGAACGUGACCCUGGAUGCAGAAACCUCCCACCCCAACCUCAUCUUCUCUGAUGAUCUGAAGAGCAUGAGACUUGGAAACAAGUGGGAACGACUACCUGAGGGCCCAGAGAGAUUCGACAGCUGCAUUAUUGCCCUGGGCUCCCCCAGCUUCCUUUCUGGCCGCCAUUACUGGGAAGUGGAGGUUGGAGACAAGACAGCGUGGAUCCUGGGUGUCUGCAAGGCAUCCAUGAGCAGGAAAGGGAGCAUGGUUCUGUCACCAGAGAAUGGCUACUGGGUGGUGAUGAUGAAGCGAAAUGAAUACCGGGUCUCUACCUUCCCUCCAACCCGCCUGCGGAUGAGGGAGCCGCCCAGGCGUGUGGGCAUCUUCCUAGACUACAAGACUAGAAGCAUUUCCUUUUACAACGUGACAGCCAGAUCCCACAUGUACACAUUCACCAGUUUCUCUUCUUCUGGGCCCCUUCAACCUAUCUUCAGCCCCGGGGCACAUGAUAGGGGGAAGAACAUGGGUCCUCUGACCAUCUGUCCAGUGGGUGACCAGAGACUUCGCUGA